AUUUUUUAUGUAAUAUUUAAUAGCCAGCUUUCUUGUUCACUCUCACUUUCAAGAUUCGAUCUCAACACCAGUUUUAUCUAAAAGCUGUACUAGUACACUCAGCGCUCAGGUUCUAUGUACACAAUGUUGCUUGUGAUUUUCACAAUUUUCGCCACCCUGCUCCAGCUCAUCCCGGUCGCCCCUGCAAUUCGUACAGAAGAAAACGGGAAAUACCUCGACCCAACGAAUUCAGCUCAAACCGCACGAAGACGUCGACCAUUUGGAGGUGGAGGUUCCUCUUUACCUGCAGGGUGUCAAUUCAGGAGGCAGCCCCAACGAAAACAAGAAGGAAUGGGCAGGUUCUUGUUGGAUCUGGCUUACGUGAACGUUGCUAACAAUUAUCAGACGAACAUACUUUGUGUGCCAGGUGGAGGAGUGCCUCCUCAUGAAGGGGGAGGUAAUGCGCCUGUUGUAGGAGGUUCUGGACCUACAUUAGGUGGAGGAGGACAUAAACCAAUACUCCACAAACCCAUACUGGGAGGGAAUGGUGGAAAUAGACCACUUUUAUCAAUGAUCAUUGCGAAUCGUCCUUUAGAAACAUUAGUUGGAGCGUUUUCUCAGUCUCAAUCUCAGUCACAGGGACAAUCAGGAAUUUUAGGCGAUUUUCUCUCCGGAUUCACAAGCGUUCUACCGUCAGCCCAGCAAGUUGGACAAGGCUUUGGAGAAGGACUUUCGUCAUUUGUGCAAACCAUACCACAAAUAGGACAAAGUUUUGCAUCUUUACUACCGAAUUUCGAUAACUUUCAACUUCCUUUCUUACCUUCAGUUCCUCAAGGUCGACCUUUCUCUAAAAUACCACCUGGUCAGUACCUGGUCGCUUCUCAUCCCUGGUUCGGUACUCACACGCAUGAUGUCACUGGGCUUGCCGAUGUUUUUAACCCUUUUAAAUUGGUGGAGGAGGCAGCUGAAGCUUUGGUAGGGCUGUUCGGGUGAAACUGGUGUAAGGUCCUCCGAAUUUGGAUUCGUAGGGCCUCCAGUGUUUGUGGAGGGUGCGGUGAAUUUAGCAACCUCCUUCCCGUCAUGUCCCAUAAAUGUCUAAACUAACACGUGCGACAUGAGGUUGUGUAUUGUCCUGCUGAAAAAGUGGAUCUUGCAAUGUUUCCAAAAAGUGAAGCCGAUAUGGAUGUAAAACUUCGUGGAUAUAGCGCUGGGCAGUCCUGCUACCUGGAUUGAACACUAAUCAUUAUCUGCUGCCGUAAGCAAUGACACCCCAUAGUCUGCGAACUCGAGGCAUGAUAAUGCAAUGAAACAAAUGGAACCAAUACAGAUAAAUCACUGAAUAUUAAGUAAAGACUACGAUCAAAUACGUUACCAAAGGCUAAAAAAUUACCAGUAUGAAAAAGAUCAACUUGAAUAUAACAAAAGGCAUAGAUUUAAUUAUGAAACUACAACUAAUCGUCCAGAAUACAGAUUUCAAGGAAGACAAAAUGGCGAAGAAAGUAUAUCGGGACAGAGAAGAAGUGUAGGUAGAAGUUUCACAUUUCCUACAUAAAAAGGCAAUGGACUAGAAUUACAUAUAUUUACAAAUAAAAAAUAUAUACAAAUUAUCUAUAUAAAAUAAAU